AUGGUGCGUCCGCAGAGUGCAUCUCAAGCAGUGAGAUUGGGCGUGGACGAAACGCGACGGCCGAGGCGUUGUGGCAGUACGGGGGCGCGGCACGCCGUUUUCCAGGAUGUGUCGCAGGAUGAAUGGACGUUUUACUCGCAGCGGCUCAAAGAGGUUGCCGCGCGGCAGGCGACGCUGGAGCGUGAGUACCAACAACGCAGCGUUGUCAACCGCCGUGACAUUCGAAAGAUGCAUGACGAGAACAUCCACCUGCGCGCCAUUCGUGCCGGGACAACAGAUGUGACGGCAGCGGAGUUGGAACAGCUCGAGCUGCAUAAAUUUGUCGAGAGACGCCGCCUCAAUCGCCUGACCUAUCAGCUAGAGAAGUUAGAUAAGUGCAUCAAGGGGGCGGAGGAGUCGCGUCGUUUUGACGGUGUCUCCCGCAGCGCACUGCUGCCAGAGGCUGUUUCUGGCAACCGCAGUGUUGUGCUGCGCAUUCAGAAGUUAGAGAAGCAACUGGACAAGCUGAUGUCUGAGCAGCAGUGUAUCAACAAGAUUGGAGACUUGUACGCCCAGGUGCUAGUGGAGAUGAAGGCGGAGGAGUCUGGGCACGAGUCCCGAGUGACCGUUAUGGAAAACGAGAUUGAGACACGGCAUAAGCAAUACGAGAAACUGGUCGUGAUGUACCAUAACGCGGUCACCGAUCACCAGGUUGCGCAGACGGCGCUGGAGGACUUCAAGAACAAGUUUCAGCGGAUGCGAAAGUUAAAGGAUAAGGCCCUCGGUGAGCGUCGCCAACGCGUGGAGCAGGCGCUGAAGGAAACACAGGAACUUGAGCUUUGGGAGGUCAAGCUUCAGCAGGAGAUUGAGGCUGAACACGAACGCAUUGAAGAUGCAGAGACGGAGCGGCAAAUGCUCUUGAACCGGCAGAAGCGCUCUAUGAAUGUGAUGGAGCGGCUCUCCUCGGUUCAGCCGGACCCGAGCUUGCAGAAGAGUGAACCUAACGGCCUGCUGCAUACCAUCUCCUGGUCACCGGAGGACGAGGAGCGCAUCCGCGCCUACGAGGAAUCUGUCCGAAAGAUGAUGCGUGUCACCGAGUCAUCUACCGUUGAUGAGCUUGUGACAAAGUUUGAGGUUGAGCACACCGCGCGGCUGCAUCUGCAUGAUCAAGUGCGUGACGAAAAGGAUAAGCUGGAGCAGCUCUCUGGGGAGGUGCAGCACCUAAAGGAGCUGGAGGCGAAGGAGAAACUUUGCGGUGUCGGUCAGCCCCUCAUGACGUCGUACCUGCGGGAUGAACUUGCCGCCUGCAUUGAGGAGGCCGCAACGAAGCGGGAUGAGGCGAUGCAGGGGAAUAAGGAGCUGCAAAAUCUCUUUGCUGAGUUCCUUCGGGGUUUGGACGUGCUCGCCGCCGCCAUCGUCAUGUAUCGUCCGGAGGUACAUGUGCCCCCCACUACGGCGGAAAACCACCAGACAAACCUGCGACUUAUUGGGAAGAAAAUACUGUCCCUUGCCGACGAGGCCGUCGGCCGUGGGAAUGAGAUGCUCAACAUGGACCCUACGCUCGUCAUGGUGCCAACUGGCAACACACGUAUUGCGCUGCCACCCUCACGCACGGCGAGUCCCGUGUUGGAUGACGGUUCUAACAUUGUGGCUAGCGGAGGUGUAUCAGAGCUGGGUGUGAGUAGCUACGGCAUUGUGCCCUCCACCAAGCCACUAGAUGUUCUGUCAUCGUACUGCUCCAGCGCCUCGUCUGACGAGGAGGCCGCAAGAAAAAGUGACCGGGGUGUGGCGCUGAAUGACAAUGAAGAGCCCCUUACGCGGGCACAAAUCAAGCGCUUGUCAGCUGUAGUAAUGCGGCGCGAGGCACGACUACGGCAGCACGAGAAACGCAGCCAAGGAGGAGAAUGA